CUCGAUUGAAGUUAUCAGCUGCGGUUGCUUCACCAUGGUGAAGAGGAAAACAACAAGAGAGCAGAGCUAAGGAGGAAGACGACUUCUUGUUUAUCCCUUCGACUUCAUCUGCUAGCCUACUUUUUGAGGAUAUACCAACGAUGCAUCCGAGAACAUUGCUUUCGUGAAAGUUUAAGAAGAAUUACGCGUGGACUUGUUUUUUUCGCGGCGGAAUGAAGCAGUGCGUUUAAAGCAAGCCCGGAGACUUUUACAUCGCGUACUUUCAAAUCACGCUAAUCUCUGACGAAGUGAGAGUUCUGUCUGUGGAGUUUUACCUGAGCAGGUGAGGCGAACGCUUGCCAUCAUGUCCAAGUCCAUGGAUCACGUUAAGCGUCCAAUGAACGCGUUCAUGGUGUGGUCCCGAGCGCAGCGGCGGAAAAUGGCCCAAGAAAACCCGAAAAUGCACAAUUCCGAAAUCAGCAAGCGAUUAGGAGCGGAGUGGAAACUUCUGACGGAGUCCGAUAAGAGGCCGUUCAUCGACGAAGCGAAGCGACUGCGGGCGAUGCACAUGAAGGAACACCCUGACUACAAAUACAGACCCAGGCGAAAGCCCAAGACUUUAAUGAAGAAAGACAAAUUCGCGUUCCCGAUGGCGUAUAAUUUGGGAGAGCACGAGGCGCUUAAAAUGGGCGGCUUACCGAGCGGAGCGCUUACCGAGUCGUUAAUGAGCAACCCCGAUAAAGUGGCGGCGGCGGCGGCGGCAGCCGCGGCAAGGGUGUUCUUCAACCCUGCCAUGUCUACAAACCCCUAUUCGUUUUUUGACCUCGGCUCAAAAAUGACAGAACUUUCUCCACCGUCUUUCUCAUACGCCUCACCGUUGGGUUACCCAACAGCGGCGACGGCUUUCUCCGGAGCGGGCGCACAUACCCACACGCAUUCCCAUCCAUCGCCGGGUAACCCGGGCUACAUGAUCCCGUGUAACUGCGCGGCUUGGACGUCUGCAGGGCUCCAGCCACCUCUUGCCUACAUUUUACUACCUGGAAUGGGCAAACCACAACUUGAACCGUAUCCCGCGUACGCGGCGGCGUUAUGAGACUCUGAAAAGUUUCUAAACGUGAAAUCAACGCAAUACACGUGGAGCAUGAACAUGUGAUGCCACGAUCGUCAUAUCAGAUAUCAAAUGUGUUUGCAUCAUGAUUAAUGCCUCUGGCGUUCUGUUCGGCGUGGAUAUUAAUGACAACGUGUGCUGAGC